GUUGAGAAACCCAGCUAAGGGACUCCUUAAAUACACGCCACUUCAAAGUGACUCUUUGUAACAGUUUGGGUUAGGAGAGCAUUUUCGUUAACCCUAAACCUUGUCAUAACCUUAACCUAAUUAUCCUAACCUGCUACGUUUAUUAUGCUAACCUGCUGCAUAAGUUCUCAUAAACGGAUACGAAAAAGACGUAGUUGUAUCGAAGUGGCGUAAUUUUAGGGAAUCUCCCCAGCUAAGGCAUAUCCUAGCCUAGAUAUGUAUAUCGUUCAUUUUCCUUGUGCCUGAAAACGACAGUGACGGCUGGAUACACUUCAACGAACGACACUGUGGGCUUAUCAUUCCUUUGUCUGAGCGGUUGACACCGUUUCCUUUGAACGGGGACAGAGAGCUGAAAAUAAGAAAGAAAUAGAGGGCAAUAGCUUUCUCUUCGUGUAUAGCCGUAGCGCACAGGACGGCCGCGAAUACAAGGUGGAGCAGCAGAGACCGCCGUUCCCGGUACUGAAGAGGGACACGAGAGCUCAUUUUCUCUGCAAGGGACGGAGGGCGGGGUCUCGUAGCAUCAGCGCUCUCAUUGUAUGUCGGCUGCUGAUGCUGAGCAGUAGCGGAGAAGAAAAAAAACCCAGGGCCAUGGAUACGGUUUUAAAAACCUUAGGCCUUAAUACAUUGUGGAGAUUAAUUACACGCUCUACUGUCUACUAAGAUAAUGAGGAAGAGGAAGAACUGGAAACCUCGGGAAGUCUCUAUGAAAGCAUUGGAGGAGCUGUAGUAUUCGACUCAAUGGCGAAGAAGGGCCGUACCAAGGGCGAGAAGCCCGAAGUGCUCAUCUCUGCCCUACAGGCGGCUAACGAAGAUCUCAGGUCCAAACUGACUGACAUUCAAAUAGAACUGCAUCAAGAGAAAUGCAAGGUGAGUAAGUUGGAGCGUGAGAAGGUGCAAGAGUGCAAGCGGAUCCGGGAGCAGGAGCAGCACCGGCACACGGCCACGCUGACAGAGCAGCGAGCCAAAUGGCACGAAGAGAAGCAAAAAGAGCUCCAGGCACUCAGGGAGAACCUGGUCCGCCAGCACGAGCAGGAGCAGGCCCGGGUGGCCAAGAUCAAGGACCAGGAGAACCAGCGGCUCAAGGCGGCGCUGAGCGCCAUGCGGGACGGCAGCGGAGAGAAGGUGCGCACGGCACUGACCCUAGAGGCCAAGGAGGAGGCACGACGCUUUUUCGACGUGGAGAGGGUCAAGCUGCUGCAAGAGAUCUCGGAGCUCAAGCAGAACAAAAAGCAGACGGACGAGGCACUCAGCACCAUGAUUCAGGCGGAUAAGAUGAAGGCCGGGGAUCUGCGCUCUGAGCAUCAGAUGCAUCAGGAACAGAUCUCCAAGAUCAAGUGGGACAGCGAGAAGGACAUCCGCAGACUGGUGGAUGAGAUCAAAUCCAAAGAGCGCACCAUCUUCUCUCUGGAGAAGGAGCUGGAGAAUGCCAUUGGCUUGCAGCAGAAGAUGCAGAUGCAAAAGGAUGCCCUGGAUGACCAGCUAUUCCUGGUCAAGGAGGCAGAGUGUAACCUGGGCAGCCCCAAGAGAGAGAUCCCCGGGCGGGCUGGGGACGGGGCGGAGCACUGUGGCAGCCCGGUACGACAUAGAAAGGCAGAGGGGAACUUGGAAAUGGACAUGCGCAGGAACCAGAGACGCAUGGCUGACCUCAACUCCACCAUCCGCAAGCUGGAGGACCGCAACUCACUGCUAGUGGAUGAGAGGAAUGAACUGCUAAAGCGUGUGCGGGAGUCGGAGAAGCAGUGCAAGCCCAUGCUGGAAAAGAACAAGAUGCUGAACAAGAGGAACGAUGACCUCAGCCAGACCCUGCAGCGCAUGGAAGAGAAACUCAAAGGCCUGGCCAAGGAGAACCUGGAGAUGAAGGAGAAGAUCAGCUCCCACCCACCACUGAAGAAAUCCAACUGUAAGUCUCUGAAUGACCUGGACCAGGCACACGACGACCAGGAGAUUGAGUUCCUUAAGCUGCAGGUACUGGAGCAGCAGAGCAUCAUCGACGAGCUGACAAGAGACAGGGAAAAGCUCCUGCGGAAGAAGAGGCAUAAACGAAGCAACAGGCAAAUAAAGAGGCACAUUGUAGUGGACACCUUCUUCGGCUACGAUGAGGAAUCCAUGGACUCGGAGACGUCCUCCGUGGCUUCGUUUCGCAUGGACCGCACCCCAGCCACUCCCGAUGAAGACCUGGAUGAGGGACUGGCUAACGAGGAGUCGGAGCUGCGCUUCAGGCAGCUGACCAGAGAAUACCAGGCCUUACAGAGGGCAUACGCCCUGCUACAGGAACAUCAAGGGGGCCUUCUAGACGCUGAGAUGGAAGCUAAGGCUCAGGAGCAGCUCCAUGCAGACGUUCUCAGGUACAAGGCCAAGAUAGAAGACCUGGAGAAGGAGCUUGCCCACAAAGGACAGGACUCCAAGUGGGUAGAGGAGAAACAGCUGUUCUUCCGGAGGAACCAGGAGCUGCUGGAUAAGGUGGAGAAGUUGGAUGGAAAAUGUAGUCGACAGCAACAGGAGCUGCAAGACUCGAAGGACCAGAAUGAGCUCCUGGAAUUCAGAAUACUGGAACUAGAGGAGCGUGAGCGGAAAUCCCCUCCGUUUAAUCAUCUCCGCAUGCAUCCGUUCUCCGAGGGUGUCAGCGCCCUGCAGAUCUACUGCAUGAAGGAAGGAGUGAAGGAUGUCUGUAUACCUGACCUGAUCAAGCUGCUAGACAUUCUGGGUGAUAACGGGAACUUGCGAAAUGAGGAGCAAGUGGCCAUUAUUCAAGCGAGCACUGUCCUCUCGCUUGCUGAAAAGUGGAUACAACAGAUCGAGGGCACAGAGGCAGCGCUGCACCAGAAGAUGAUGGAUCUGGAGCUAGAGAUGGAGAUGUUCUGCAAGCAGAAAGGCUAUUUGGAGGAGGAGCUGGAUUACAGGAAGUCAGCCCUGGAUCAGGCCUACGUGCAAAUCCAGGAGCUGGAGGCUACUCUGUACAACGCACUGCAGCAGGAUAAGGUGAUCGGAUACGGCGAGCCUCUCAGUGACAUGCAGAAGGAUGAGCUCCGUACGUCCGUGGAGAAGUUACGCAGGCAGAUGCUGAGGAAGAGCCGAGAGUUCGACUGUCAGGUCUUGGCUGAGAGGAUGGAGCUGCUCCACCAGGCCCAUCAGAGAAUCCGGGACUUGGAGGAUAAGACAGACAUCCAGAGGAGACAGAUUAAGGAUCUGGAGGAGAAGUUUUUGUUUCUGUUCUUAUUCUUUUCUCUUGCCUUUAUCAUUUGGCCUUGAUGUCGUUGACAUCUCCUGCAGCAGAGCCUGGAGAUUGUGUUUGUGACCGCAGUGGUUUUCAUUUUUUGGUGAAGCGAGUCAUCUUUUUGGCUCGUAUUGUAAUAGUGAGUGGUAAUGGACAUGGCUGGGAAUUUACACCUCUUUGAUUUGGGACCUCACUCUGGAGAUACACACCAUGUAUGCUGCACUGUCCUGGUCAUUGGAACAUGGAACUUCCCUAAACUCAGUGGGGUAACUGGAACUCAUAUACUCAUAUACACUGGACAAGCUAACACAAACAUACUGGAAACACACACACACACACAAAUAUAGCACACAUACACAGGCAGACCAGGGGCACACACACAUCACAUGUGCGCGCCCCCACACACACACACAUACAUACACACACCAAACUCACUCACAGACAUUGUGGAAACCAAAUUCCGGGAGAUCUUAUCUCUGCCAUGCAGGGGAACGCUACACCACCUACCACCGUCCGACUACACCCAAACUACACCCAGACUACACCAAGACUACACACAGACUACACACAGACUACACCAAGACUACACCCAGACUUCAGACAAGAGAGGAAAGGAAAGGCUGCUGUAGGCUUCAUCAAUAGGCCUCACCAGACUACAGAGUCCUUACUCCCUCCCUUCCUCCCCUCUCCCUCUUAUAAACCCGAACAGACACUUGUAUGUGUGAACGCACCCCUUCACAGGAGCGACGAGACCUGACUCAGGGCCUGUGAGCAUGGUGACUGACUGAUCUGAUGGUGACUGACUGUUCUCUGACCAGGAGAGGCGGGACAUGGGACACUCAGGACAAUGUGUCUCCUCUGGUCGGAAGCAGAUCAGGGGACGGCAGAGCGAGAGAGAAGGAUGGGAGAGAGAGGAUCCACUAUGUGCUCACACACUGACCGGGCUUCUGUUUUGAGACCUUCACUUUCUUUGUUUUAAACCAGCGGACAGAGUGGACAUCUCUGGUUCUACUUCUUUUCCUUUCGGAACAAACCAACGGUCCCAGUCGAUCCCCAUCUACCAAGAUUUCCACGGAGAAAAAACAGACCCUCUCUAUUUACAUGUGUUGAUAUGUACAUUGUGUCUUGAUGAUUUCCUGUCGUUUCUUUCCUUCCUUCUGUGAAUAUGAACGCAGUCCCCUCUACAGUAGAGCUGCUCGGCAGUUUCUAAGUACCACAGCGUAUGAAUUGCUCUGUUUAUUGUGGCGACAGCUGCAAAUGAACUCUAUUUCCUCGAUUGUACUGAACUUAAGAAUUGGUAUAAUAAUAUUUUCCUCCCCCUUUUCCCUGUCACACUCCCUCGAUUUUGGACUCUUUCAAGAUAAUCAACUGUAGCCCACCAGCAGGAGGUUCGUGGUUUAUACUGAAUGAUGUUUAACACUCCCUUUAAAAGAACAGAACAAGCUGUAAAUUCUACAUCCUGGUUACCUACCUACAUCCUAAACAGCUUUCUGUCUGAUUACGGUCAUUGUCAUCUCAGCAAAGUGACCAUGAAUACUGCACAGUACCUCUUGCAGCAAUGACGUGUCAUUUGCUUUGCUCUAUUUCACCAACACCUUUUUCAGCACCAUGGACACCACAGGGGUUAGUUCUAACCCCCCCACCCCCACCCCCACCCCCUUCUCCAAACUGAAAUAGGAGAAAGUUGAUGCAAUGUAUACCUGCCUGGUUCUGCUUCUCUCCUUUCACCCUGACUAUGUCAUGGUGCUGCAAUAUUAACUACCUAUCCCGUCCAACCGCCUCACCCACAUCCACCCGAGCUAGCUUCCCCUCCCGACCCUAUUCAGAGGCCUAGGAACCUAAGGCAUCCCAUUACAUACCUGUACAUACAUGAACGUGGCCCACUUCUGUUACGUUACAAUGUAGGGGGAAUGAUUGACACUAUUUUGGAGCAAACUCCGCUAACUAGCAAUUGCCUUAAAUGCGCUAUCCCCAUCAAUUUGUACUUUCUUUUUAAUGAUUAUGUUUUUGGUCCAUUAAUAUGAUUAUGUAACGUUGUACAUUUCUGUUCACCGAGGACAUUGUUUUGUAAAUCUUUACCCUCCUGUUUUCCAAUGAGAAUUUAACCCCCUGCUCUUCUUUCAAGUAUAUAAAAAAAUCAUAUUUAAAAAAGGGAUCAUGAUGAAAAUAAAAGUGAAUGG